AUGCGAUAUAAUAAUUAUGACAACUCUGGAAGUUCCUUCUUAACUAGAGUAGUUAAAAAGUCAGAUAUGGAGAAAACGUUAUUAUUAAAUAGAGAAAUUGAUGACUGGAAGUCAAACGAUAAAAAGAAGGCAUAUAAGGAACGCGGAAGAGUUUAUGCAAGUUGCUCAUUUAUUGAAGUAUCCUUUUCUCAAAUAAGGGCUGUUGAUGUUGAAAAAAAAAUUGAGAAUGCCGAACAACUAAGAGAUCUUACAAGAAAUAUUGUUAAGAACAAAACCAGCUCUUUGAACGAAAUUACACCCUCAAAGAAUCGUGUAACUAGUGCAUGCAAUUCCGAGAGACGUACGACUAGCCAAGAAGCAAACAAUCUUGAAGGCUACCAUAGUUGUGCACAAGGAACUAGUCGGUCUGCCAGUAUUACGAAGAAAUACAGCAAAAAGACUACUAGUCGUCCUAAAAGAGAAAAGAGACAAACAAUCCUCCCAAAUGGUGAGAUAAAGGAAUGCUCUAAAUGUAAAGACACUUGGACAAUUCAAUGGCGUAGUGGACCCGACCAAAACAGGGAACUUUGUAGUCCCUGUGGACUCGCCUAUGGAAAAAGACUGAAGAAGGAGAAUGAAAAAAAAAGGCAAGCAGCAGAUAAAAGGAUAGAUCGAAACAAUCCAUAG